UGUCUGUCCGUCCGGAGAUGAGCGCACACCGGUGCCGGUUGCAGGCGUGCAGACAGCGCCAGGAAGGACUCGGACUACACCGUUUAUAACCGUUUGUGAAGCUCUGCCUCUGCAAUGUUUGAAAAGCGGAUUCAUCCUAAAACUGUGUGAUUUAGACCGUGAAGAUGUUGACAGACAUGAUUGUGGAGCAAGAAUUUGAUAUCAAGGAGGAGGAACCGUGGUACGACAAGCAAGACCUUGAACAUGACCUGCAGCUGGCAGCCGAGCUGGGGAAGAGUCUCCUGGAGAGGAACAGGGAGCUGGAGCAGGGGCUGCAGCAGAUGUACUCCACCAACCAGGAGCAGCUGCAGGAGAUUGAGUACCUGACCAAGCAGGUGGACCUCCUCCGUCAGGUCAAUGAUCAACACGCCAAAGUGUACGAGCAGCUGGACGUGGCGGCCCGAGAGCUGGAGCUCAGCAAUCGAAAACUGGUUCAGGACAACAGGGCGUCCCAGCAGAAGAUCCAGGGGCUGGUGGAGACGGUGGAGCAGCUGCAGACGCAGGUGGAGGAGCUGCAGACGCAGGUGGAGACGCUGAAGCUGAGUCCUGCUCAACCUCUGAAGCGUCCGCACAGAGACAAGUGUUCACCCCGCAGCACGCAGAGUGUGUCCUGCCUGAAGGAGCUGCAAAACACUCUCAGGUACGACUACGACGACCCCUCAGACGGUCUUGAGCCCCCCGACAUGUCGUGGCACGAGGAGGAGCAGGCGUCUCUGCGGCAGUCCCUGCGCAGCCUGCAGACUCAGUUCGCCGGCGAGCGCGCACGCAGGGAGCAGUCGGAGCGCGAGGCCGAGCUGCUGGCCAGGGAGAACGCAGCGCUGGAGCAUCAGCUGGCAGGGAUGGAGGGCUGCAAGACCAGAGUAACCGAGCUGGAGCGUGAGGCGGAGGAGCUCCGUCAUCUCUGGAAAUCAGAUUCCUCUACGAGAUCCAGCCGGCCGGACAACAUCCACAGCCUGCUGCCCAACUCCAUGUUCCUGAACCCGGAGGAGGAGAGCGAGGAGGGGGCCGCUGCAGCCAAGAGCCCCUGGGCGCUGAAGUCCUGGGACAGCGAGCGGCUGGCGAGGACCCCGCAGACCCCCCACAGGGUGAACGACCACGAGUGCUCCUGCGUGCGCCGAGCAGAGGUGGUGAAGUACCGCGGCAUCUCGCUGCUCAACGAGGUGGACGCGCAGUACAGUGCCUUGCAGGUGAAGUACGACGAGCUGCUGAGACGCUGCCAACCGGGGCAGCAGGAGGAAGAAGAGGAGGAGGAGGAGGAGGAGGAAGAGGAGAAGAUGGAGGAGGAGGAUGGGCAGACGAAUCAGUCCGUCCAGACUGCAUGUCUUUCUGCUGCUUGUCCCUCUCUCACAGACUUUAAAGAUGACUUUAAUCAGCCCGAGUACAAGGAACUUUUUAGGGAAAUCUUCUCUCGAAUUCAAAAAACCAAAGAGGACCUGAUUGAGAACAGAGGGAGAGCCUCGGCGGGUGAAGGGCUGCCUCAUUUGCAUAAUUAGCUUCUCGUAAAAAGAAUAUUUAAUGAUUGUCUUCCAGAUAUAGACUCUUAGAGUAGCAAGUGAAGCUAAUGAAAUCUACACGUGUAUGUUUUUGGCCCAGAAGUGGCGGUUGCCAUGCAAAGCGGGUGAAGAUGAGUGAUGCAGGAACAGGAAGGCCAAACGUCACCAGCUCUGUGGCUCAUCAGCACACAAACACCAGUGCCUGCCGUCCCCACUGUGCACUCACUCUACCUCACUUUGCAAAACAAGCUCCAGAGGAAAUCGUUUCUGGGUCUUAUUUUCAUUAACACUUUAUUCUACAGGGUCCCAUCAUUUCUUAAAGUUAGCUAGAAAGAUGUAAAAUCACACAAAGGUUCCUGGAAAAGACUUAAAUAUGUUAUUCUAAGCUAAUUAUAGAGAAAUUGGAGUGUAUAUGUAUACAUAUAUAACUGAUUAAUUUGUAGUUUUAUUAAAUUAAUUGUUUAGUAUAUAGCCCAUAACAAGUUCCCAAAGAACAAUAUGACGUCAACAAACGACUUUUGUCUAAGGAACAGUCCGAUAUCCAAAACAUACAUUCAAUUAGCUUGAUAGAAGUAGAAAACCAGCAAGUAUUAACCUUUCAGGGGCUGGAAUCAGUGUCUGUAAACGUUUGUUGCUUAAAGAAGAAUCACCAAUGCUCUAAAAUGUUGCCGAUUACCUCGUUUUGAUGAGCUAAUUAACCAGUAGUUUCAUCUCUAAUUGCUAUUGCGUAUAUUUGUAUUUGAAAUCCGUGAAUUCUAUUGUUUAUUAUUUUACACAUGGUCUUAAAAUAGUGACGGUGUGAGCCAGACAACUUGAUGAUGAGCAGAAUCUCACUAUAAAAUGGUGUAGGCUCAUUAUCACUACAUCCAACAUUGGCCCUGUUCAGACCCGGCGUUAACAUGUGACAUUGGAUACAUUAUAAUAACAAGAACAUUCUUUUGAAUUAUUAACUCGGUUGAACUUGAAUAUUUCCCAUAACUCUCCCAGUGAUUAGUCCAACAUUAAACGGCUCUUUUUCAGGAACCUCGUAGAAAAUGAUCAUAAAGAUAACAGAUCCAUUGGAUUCAAAUGUUGUCGCUGUAUGUGAAAAAAUGUGAAGUUUUUUUAUUUUAUCUUUCUUUACAACAACAAAAAAGAGAGAAAAUAAAGGUACCUUUCUUGGUGAUAGUUUUGCCUGAGAGACCACAGCAAGUUGUUGAUUUGGUGAAGGAGUUUAUUAUAUUAGAAGUUGGUGAUUCAAGGUCAAAUAUAUAGGGAUCUUUUGUAAGGUAACAUUUAUUUCUUUAAAUGAUACUUGAUACUUGUACAAUAGGUUAAGAGACUGUGAUUGAAUGUAUUAUUAAAGGGAAGUUCUGAGGUUUACCAAAAGACUAACUCGAUGUACUGGACAAUGUAACGGCCUCCUAGAAUGUUGUUUAUCACGGAAACGUGCUUUGAUUUAGAGGGUUUUCUCAGCAGCACUGUUCUUUUUUCCUUGUUAAGUUCACACUUUGUAUAAAAUCACAUUGAGAUGCACUUUAGAAAUUGCACAUCAUUAUUGUUCUUCUGUCACUUUACAUGUCUUUCAUAUGUAGUUCUAAACAAGCGUGCUGAAUAAUCUGCAGUAUGUAUGUACGAUGUAUUUUUACCUGUUUCAUGAGUGGACCUCGUGGUUUGUGUCAGAGCCAUAAAACAUGAAGCAAGCGCCA